AUGGAGUCAACUCAGGUUAAUGAAGGACCUGAUAUGCGACUCGAUUUCAUGGGUUCAUUCAUAACAAAAACUUUGAAAUUGAAACCUGAGAAGUGGCAACGUUUAUUGACAUUUGAGGAACAUAAAACAGUCAUCAAAGAUUUUCUUGACAAGACAACUCAUAUGGUUCUUAUCAUUCAAGUCACUCAAUCUGCACAAAUUUUGCCUGUUACGCAAUUCCCUUUGACACAACUCAAGAGUAAAGGUGUUUACUUUGUCAAGAAGCUUUCAAUUGAAAUCCCUCGAGAUGAAUGUGGCACUUGGCUUAUCAGUGGUGAUUUAGCUACACGUUCAAUUGAUCAAUUGUCAUGCUUAGUUGAUGAGAUUUUCGUUCCACUUCUUUCCAAUACUGACAAUCACAAGGGAUGGCCCGAAGUGGUCGCACAAGAUGUUUUAAAGCAUACCCACAGCUUGAAAAGCACAGUUUAUCAAGUGCAAGGUCAAGUAUCUGGCAGAACGAUUCUUCCGAUGCCUGUUGGAGUUGAAAAAUGCAUAACGACAGCAAGAGAACUUCAAGAGAAUUCUGAAUGUUCUGUCGAUUUGUAUUUGAAGUCUGCGAUUGAAGGUGUUGUAAUCAAAUGGGUUACACAAAUAAAUGAUGUCUUCAUGGAGACCUCAGCAAGUGCAUUUAACAAUGGACAAAACCCGGUACCAACUGCUGAGCACACAGAUUCAGCAUAUUUUCCUUGUUUCAAAACUAUGUUUAAGAAUGUUGUGACAGCAUUAGCCGAGAGUCGUGACAUUACUUUAUAUUUGAGUCCAUUAAUGAAGCACUUUUUGCAGUUUGAGGAAACAGAUUUUUCCGAAAGCCAAAUCUUAUUGAAACCGUUAAUGCACGUUGUUUGCUUGUUAUGGGCAAACUCAAACUAUUAUCGAACAUCAUCAAAGCUUAUUGUCUUGUUAAAGCAAAUAGGAAAUUUAAUCAUUCAACAAGCAAAAAGAUUUCUCGAUCCUUCGUCAAUUUUUCACACUGACAUUGACGAAGCUAUGCAAAGAAUUUCACAAACGAUUGCUACGUUAAAAUAUUUUCGAACAAUUUUUGACGAGUAUAAAGAAAACUUGGCGCCAUUCUUUGGUGACAAGCCAGUUGUACAAUGGACAUUUCAUCCAAAUGCUGUGUUUGAAAGAUUUAAUGCAUUCUUGGAUCGCUUGCACACCAUCCAAUGGUUCUUUUACACAGUCAUUGAGUUUUUAAAGCUAGAAAAAGUUGAAAUUGGAGGAUUGAAAGGAAGAAUCUUAAGCGCUAGAAUCACUGCUGUUUCAUUGGAAUUUAAUCAAUGCUUCUCAUCAUUUGCUUCAAAAAGCUAUGACGUUCUUGAUCCUGACGAUGAAUCGUUUAAAGGAGAUUUCGUAAAGUUUCAAGAUCGAAUUUUAGAGUUGGACAUGAAAUUAGCUGCAAUUUUAUGUCAAGCGUUUGAUGAUAGUCACAAUCUUGAAAGUGUUUUUAAACUGAUUUCGAUUGUUGGAACCAUUUUAGAACGUCCAAAGAUUAAAGAAGAAUUCACUUAUAAAUAUCAACACAUUCUUGUAAUGCUUGGUGAUGAAAUAUCCAUUUGUGAAGGGAUUUAUGAAAAACAAAUAACUCACUAUCGCACUAAAGGAUUUUUAAACGUUGAACUCAGAUCACCGCCAAUAUCUUCAGCACUUCGUUGGGGUUUUCAACUCUCAUCGAGAAUUACAACACCGAUUAAAAGCUUUCAAGCACUUCAACAUCCAAUUGUAGAUACAGAAGAUGCACAAAUGUUACUUUUAAGAUACAAUAAUUUGAUGGAGCGUUUGAAAAGAUUCGAAAAAGAAAUCUUUGAGAAAUGGGCGGAGAAAGUACCCGAACAAAUCGAAAUAAAUUUAAAGAAGUCUUUGCUGAUGCGGGAAGACGGUCAGAAGACAAUCUACUUGAACUUCGAUCCUGAAUUGUCAGCAAUUCUCCGUGAAGUUCAUUACCUUCGUCUGAUGCAUAAAGAAAAUAUUCCAACAAGUGGCAUCGCUUUCUCGGAAGAACAAGAAAUCUAUCGUGGAUACAUUUUAAACUUGGAGAAAAGCAUUGAGUGGUACAAUAGCAUUUGUAAGAAUAGUUCUGAAGUUGAAUUGAAGCUGAUUCAAGCUGAGAUUGAUCUGAUUGAUAGUCUCGUCGAAAAAGGAUGCAAUGAACUCAAUUGGAAUUCAGAAAACAUCACUGAGUUUAUGCAAGAUUUCCGUGCUCCAGUCGAAUGUCUUUAUUCACGAAUGGUUCAGAUUCAAGGGAAUCUUGAUGAAGUGAAAACGGUUAUGACGUCGUGGGCGAAAGCUCCUUUGUUCGUCAGAAAAGAUGGUCGUAAAGAUACAACUUUAUGUGUUGAAGAGCGAGACGAGCGAACGAGUAAACGUUACGCCGAGAUGAAAGAAGUAGCUCUUCGUAUUCAUGAUUUACUAGAAGAAAAUUUAAAAUUCUUCCGUGCUGAGAAGAAGAUGAAUGAAGACGUUUGGCCCGAAUAUAUUUCAUUUUGUGAUGAAAUUAUACACAAAAAUCUUUUGCACACAGUUGGCGUCAGCAUUGCUUAUUUAGCUGACAACAUGGAUCCAAUGAACAAUCUCCCUCCAUUGUUUGAGACUCGAUUAGAAUUGGAAAUUCCCUACUUAAAGUUUAUUCCGUCGUUGGAUCCAAAUGACGAAAACAGUUUUAAUCGCCUUAUAAUUAAUCUUGUUAAUGACAUUAUCUUCAUGUCAUCAUUAAUUCCUCGUUUGAUUAAAGAUGCUGACAAAACAUACGAAGAAUUAAUUUCUAAUGAAAUUGACAUUAAAGAAAUGCGACAAGAAAUAUUGUUGAAUGUUGAUAAAGCUUUGGAAGAAGCUUCUCAACUCUGUCAUGACUUUGAACGUUAUUCCUAUUUGUGGUUGGAAGAUCGAGAGUAUUGUAUGGAACUGUUUCUAGAAUUUGGAAGGAUUUUGGAUCCUGACGAAAUCGAAAUUGUUGCUAACAAUGAUCCAUCUGCACCGAAACCAUCUCCACCAACAAUAGAAGCGUUCAGAGAAAUGAUUGAUGGAUAUGAAUCGCUUUAUACUGAAAUUGAAGCAAUUUCACCUUACCAAGUUUUCAGUGCAUUUUUUCAGGUUGAUGUUCGACCAUUUCGUCAAGCACUGCUUAACAUUGUUCGUCGUUGGGGAAACAUGUUUAAAGACCAUUUAGUCAAUAGCGUCACCAGCAGUUUGUCUGAUCUCAGUAAUUUCAUACGUAAAGCUGACCAAGGACUUUUACAAAGUGUUGAAGAUUAUGAGACUCUCGUCUCCAUUAUGGCAUUUCUUUUGCAAGUGAAGGAACGUGCUGUGACGACAGACGCAAUGUUCGAGCCAAUGCGCGAGACAAUUGACUUGCUGAAAUAUUACGACAUGGACAUUCCGGAAGAAGUGAAUGUUUUAUUACAGGAACUUCCUGAACAAUGGGGAAAUACAAAAAAGCUUGCGGUGACUGUUAAGCAGCAGGUGGCGCCGCUUCAAGCAACAGAAGUCGUCUCGAUUCGAAAUCGAAUUGCAAACUUUGACACUCACAUCAACGUGUUUCGAGAGAUUUUCCGAACUUAUGAAUUCUUUAAGUUUGAUUGUGAAAGUCCAUACUUGCUGUUGGAUCGUAUAAGUGAUGAUAUUUAUCGAUUGGAGAAUGAAAUGGCUGCAAUAUUCCAAUCAGGAAGUUUAUUUGAAGUCAACGUACCCGAGUUUAAGUUGUUGAAACAAUGUCGAAGGGAAUUGAAGAUGCUUAAGCAACUCUGGGAUUAUGUGUUCAUCGUGCAAACAUGCAUUGAAGAUUGGAAAACAACUCCUUGGCGAAAGAUUGACGUUGAGAACAUGGACAUUGAAUGUAAAAAGUUUGCCAAAGAUGUUCGCUUACUCGACAAAGAAAUGAGAUCUUGGAAUACGUACACACAACUUGAAGCGACAGUCAAAAAUAUGCUGACAAGUUUGAGAGCUGUCGGUGAACUUCAAAAUCCAGCAAUACGUGAACGACAUUGGCAUCAAUUGAUGACAUCAACAAAAAGUUUAGCAGCGCUUCCUCCAGAAGUAACAGUGAAGUUCAUCAUGGACAAAGAGACGACACUUUGUGAGCUUCUGGCUUUGAAUCUUCAUGAAUGCGAGGAAGAAGUCAAGAAUAUCGUCGACAAGGCUGUAAAAGAAAUGUCGAUGGAGAAGAUUUUGAGGGAUUUGAAGACAACUUGGAAUGUAAUGGAGUUUGAUAGUGAAAUUCAUCAAAGAACAAAAAGCCGAUUAUUAAAAACGUCGGAAGAAUUAAUUGAAACUCUUGAAGAAAAUCAAGUUGUUCUUCAAAAUUUAAUUACGUCUAAAUUCAUCGCUCAUUUUCUUGAAGAAGUCUCAGCAUGGCAAAAGAAGUUGAUGAUGGCUGAUGCUGUAAUUACGGUUUGGUUUGAAGUUCAACGAACAUGGACGCAUUUGGAAAGCAUUUUCAUGAGUUCAGAAGACAUACGGAAACAAUUGCCAAUUGACUCUGAUCGUUUUGAUAAAAUUGAUCGCGAUUUUAAAAUCUUAAUGGAUGAAAUGGCUGUCGACACAAAUGUCAUCAAAGCAACUAAUCGUGAUGGUCUUUGUGAACGUCUUGAAGAAAUCCAACAACAACUCGUGCUUUGCGAGAAAGCUUUAGCUGAAUAUUUAGAAACAAAACGUUUAUACUUUCCACGUUUCUAUUUCGUCAGUUCAGCUGAUUUGCUGGAUAUUCUCAGCAUUGGAAAUCAACCGAAACUUGUGAUGAAACACCUCACAAAAUUAUUCGACUCAAUUGCAAAACUUGAGCUUGGCUUGAAUGAGAAAGAAGAAAUAUCAGCAUUGGGAAUGUACGCUAAAGAUGGCGAAUACGUUCCAUUUGAUAUGAUUUCGGAAUGUGUUGGGGCUGUUGAGAUUUGGUUGAAUAAAACACAACAAAGAAUGCGAUCAAGUUUAAGAAGUUAUAUGGGAAAUGCUGUCGUUACUUAUGAAGAGAAGGCGAGGGAACAAUGGCUGUUUGAUUAUCCCGCUCAAGUCUCUCUUUGUGGAACUCAAAUAUGGUGGACAACAGAAGUCAACAUUGCAUUCAGUAGACUUGAAGAAGGUUACGACAAUGCACUUAAAGAUUAUUACAAGAAACAAAUCUCACAACUGUCCACUCUCAUCUCACUUUUAAUCGGUGAACUCACCAAAGGUGAUCGUCAAAAAAUUAUGACAAUUUGCACUGUUGAUGUUCACUCGCGUGAUGUUGUUAGUCGAUUGAUUCAGACGAAAGUUGAGACGGCAUCUGCAUUUCAAUGGCAGAGUCAAUUGCGACAUCGUUGGGGUGAAGCUGAAGGCGAUUGCUUUGCGAAUAUUUGUGAUGCUCAAUUUACUUAUAGCUACGAAUAUUUGGGUUGCACUCCACGUCUUGUUAUAACGCCUUUAACUGAUCGUUGCUACAUCACAUUGACACAGAGUUUGCAUUUGGUUAUGGGUGGUGGACCAGCUGGCCCUGCUGGAACUGGCAAAACUGAAACAACGAAGGAUCUUGGACGAGCUUUGGGUAUUAUGGUCUACGUCUUUAAUUGCAGUGAACAAAUGGAUUACAAAUCUUGUGGCAACAUCUACAAAGGUCUUGCACAAACUGGCGCUUGGGGAUGUUUCGAUGAGUUCAAUCGAAUCUCAGUUGAAGUACUUUCGGUUGUUGCAGUUCAAGUAAAAUCGGUUCAAGAUGCGAUCCGUGACAAGAAAGAUCGAUUCAAUUUUAUGGGUGAGAUGAUUGCGAUGGUGCCAACUGUUGGCAUCUUCAUCACUAUGAAUCCUGGCUAUGCUGGUAGAACAGAACUUCCUGAAAAUUUAAAAGCACUUUUCAGACCAUGUGCAAUGGUCGUGCCAGAUUUUGAAUUGAUUUGUGAAAUUAUGUUGGUUGCUGAAGGCUUUCAGGAUGCGCGAGUGUUGGCGAGAAAGUUCAUUACUUUGUACACGUUGUGCAAGGAAUUGUUGUCGAAGCAAGAUCAUUACGAUUGGGGCCUGAGAGCGAUUAAAUCUGUGUUAGUUGUGGCUGGAUCUUUGAAACGUGGUGACCCUGGGAGACCUGAAGAAGAAGUCCUUAUGAGAGCUUUAAGAGAUUUCAACAUACCAAAGAUUGUCACAGAUGACAUGCCAGUGUUUAUUGGUCUUAUAAGCGAUCUUUUUCCAGCUCUUGACGUUCCACGAAAACGUGACGUUGAUUUUGAGAAAGUCGUGAAACAAGCAACAACUGACUUGAAACUUCAAGCCGAGGAUAAUUUUGUGUUGAAAGUUGUGCAACUUGAAGAGCUUUUUGAAGUUCGUCACUCAGUGUUCAUUGUGGGAAGUGCAGGAACGGGAAAGACACAAGUUUGGAAAACACUUCAUAAAGCUUAUCAGAACAUAUCGAAGAAGCCAAUUUUCAAUGAUUUGAAUCCAAAAGCAGUAACAAAUGAUGAACUUUUCGGUAUCAUAAAUCCGACAACUCGUGAGUGGAAAGACGGAUUAUUCUCAGUUAUUAUGAGAGAUCAAGCAGCUUUAACUGGUGACAAUCCGAAGUGGAUUAUCCUCGACGGUGACAUUGAUCCCAUGUGGAUUGAAUCGCUCAACACUGUGAUGGAUGACAACCGAGUUUUGACAUUAGCGAGUAAUGAACGAAUUGCUUUGACACCAACAAUGCGACUUCUUUUUGAAAUUUCAAAUCUUAGAACUGCAACACCAGCGACAGUGUCAAGAGCUGGCAUUCUUUACAUCAAUCCACAAGAUCUGGGAUGGAAUCCUUAUGUGACUAGUUGGAUAGAGACGAGAACAGUUCCAGCUGAAAAAUCAAAUCUUGUGGUUCUUUUUGAUAAAUACACGCCAUCGUGUCUUGAAAGUGUCAGAACAAGAUUUAAGAAAGUGACGCCGAUUGUAGAAAUGGCUCACAUCCAACUUCUUUGUCAUCUUCUGGAAUGUCUUCUCAUCCCAUCGAAUGUUCCAGUAGAUUGUCCGAAGGAAUGGCAUGAAAUUUAUUUCGUUUUCGCUUGUAUUUGGGCUUUUGGAUCGGCAAUGUUUCAAGAUCAAGCAGUUGAUCAUCGAGUUGAAUUCAGUAAAUGGUUUGUGAAUGAAUUUAAAUCGAUUAAAUUUCCACCACAAGGAACAGUUUUUGAUUAUUUCAUUGAUCAAGAUUCAAAGCAGAUGAUUCCAUGGACUGAGAAAUUGCCAAAGUUUGAAAUGGAUUGUGACACUCCAUUGCAGUCUGUUCUCGUUCAUACAUCGGAAUCAAUCCGUGUAAGAUUCUUUCUUGACAUGUUAUUAGAAGUCAAACAUCCGGUGAUGCUUGUUGGAAAUGCUGGUUGUGGCAAAACAGUUCUUGUGAAUGACAAACUCAGUUCAUUGUCAGAUAAUUAUGCGAUAACAAAUGUCCCGUUCAAUUUCUACACGACAUCGGAAAUGUUGCAGAAAGUCUUAGAAAAACCUCUUGAAAAGAAAGCUGGAAGAAAUUAUGGACCGCCUGGAACCAAAACAAUGAUUUAUUUUGUCGAUGACAUGAACAUGCCGGAAGUUGAUGAAUAUGGAACUGUCAGCCCACACACUGUCAUUCGUCAACAUCUCGAUUAUGGUCAUUGGUAUGACCGCAACAGAUUAACUCUCAAGGAUAUUCACAAUUGUCAAUAUGUGUCGUGUAUGAAUCCAACAUCUGGAAGUUUUACAAUCAACCCUCGACUACAAAGACAUUUUGCAGUAUUUGCCAUUUGCUUUCCAGGUCAAGAAGCACUGACAAUGAUUUACUCGUCAAUCUUAUCGCAACAUUACGCAAACGCUGAACAGAAAUUCAAUGUCUGUGUCACUAAAUUAACAAAUUCAGUUAUUUCAGCGUCAUUGGCUUUGCACGCGAAAGUUGCACAAAUUUUCCUUCCCACCGCUGUUAAGUUUCAUUACAUAUUUAAUCUCCGUGACAUGAGUAAUGUUUAUCAAGGUUUGCUUUUCUCAACAAAUGAAUGUUUGACAUCAGUAAGCGACGUGGUUCGUUUAUGGAUGCAUGAAUCACAUCGCGUUUAUGGUGAUAAGUUUACUGACGACAAAGACAUUGACGGUUUCACUAAAAUGCAAACUGAUAUCGUUAAAAAGAGUUUUGAAGAGUUGGAUGAGUCAAUCGUGUUUGAUAAGCCGAAUAUUUAUUGUCACUUUUCUGGCGGCAUUGGUGAACCUAAAUACAUGCCAAUACCUGAUUGGCAAACUCUCACGAAACUUCUUCAAGAAGCGAUGGUGGCUUAUAAUGACAUUGUGGCAGCAAUGAAUUUGGUUUUAUUCGAAGACGCGAUGAAUCAUGUUUGUCGUAUCAACAGAAUUCUUGAGUUACCAAGAGGCAAUGCUCUCCUUGUUGGCGUGGGCGGAAGUGGUAAACAAUCUUUAUCAAGGCUAGCGGCUUUCAUUUCAAGUUUGGAAGUUUCGCAAAUUCAAUUGAAGAAGGGUUAUGGGAUUCCUGACCUUAAGAAAGAACUGGCUGGCUUGUAUUUGAAGUCUGGAAUGAAAAAUGUUGGAAUCAUGUUCUUAAUGACAGACGCUCAAAUACCCAAUGAACAUUUUCUCGUUCUUAUCAAUGAUUUGUUAGCAUCUGGAGAAGUGCCAGACUUAUUUCCAGACGAUGAAGUUGAGAAUAUCUUAGCAGGUGUAAGAAACGAAGUUAAAGGUGCCGGUUUAGUUGACACCAGAGAAAAUUGUUGGAAGUUUUUUAUUGAUCGUGUCAGACGUCAAAUGAAAGUUGUUCUUUGUUUUUCGCCUGUCGGUUCGACACUAAGAGUUAGAUCAAGAAAGUUUCCAGCCAUCAUCAAUUGUACACAAAUAAAUUGGUUCCACGAAUGGCCUCAAGAAGCUUUGAUUUCUGUUGCACAGCGUUUUCUUCAAGAUCUUGAUAUUCUUCCAUUGGAAUAUAAAGAAACUGUUGCGAGAUUUAUGUCUUACGCUCACACAAGUGUCAACUCAACGUCGAAAGUUUACCUUCAGAAUGAACGUCGGUAUAACUACACAACACCCAAAUCAUAUCUUGAACAAAUAAGCUUAUACGGAAAAUUGUUAACACAGAAAUUUUCUGAACUUCAUAAAAAAGUUUCUCGUCUUGAAAAUGGGUUGGAUAAGCUUCGGUCAACAGCAGCUCAAGUUGAUGAAUUAAAGUCGAAGCUGGCCAUUCAAGAAAUUGAGCUGAAGGAAAAAAAUGAGGCUGCUGAUAAGCUUAUAGAAAUUGUUGGAAUUGAGACGCAAAAGGUUCAAAACGAAAAAGCUUUUGCUGACGAAGAAGAGAAAAAAGUUGGAUUUAUUGCUGAAGAAGUUGCGAAAAAGCAACGAGAUUGUGAAGAAGAUUUGGUGAAAGCUGAACCAGCUCUGAUUGCAGCUCAAGAAGCUUUAAACACUCUCAACAAAGCAAAUUUAACUGAGUUAAAGUCUUUUGGAUCUCCACCCGGUGUCGUCACGAACGUCACUGCUGGUGUCAUGGUUUUACUUGCACCAAAAGGAAAAGUUCCAAAAGAUCGUUCAUGGAAGGCAGCAAAGAUUGUUAUGGCGAAAGUUGAUGGCUUCUUAGAUGCUCUAAUCAAUUAUGACAAGGAAAACAUUCAUCCGGAAAUCAUCAAAGCCAUUCAACCAUAUUUGAAGAAUCCCGAAUUCGAACCAGAGUUUGUUCGAUCAAAAUCAGCAGCAGCUGCUGGCUUAUGUGCUUGGGUAAUAAACAUUAUCAAGUUUUAUGAGGUUUAUUGUGAUGUUGAGCCGAAACGACGUGCACUUGAAGCUGCUAAUGCUGAGUUGGCAGCAGCACAAGAUAAGCUAUUGGUCAUUACACAGAAAGUGACGUCACUGGAAGAACAACUCGCGAAACUAACAGCAGAUUUUGAAAAAGCAACAGCUGAAAAAUUGCGUUGUCAACAAGAAGCAGAUGCCACACAAGCGACAAUUCAACUUGCCAAUCGACUUGUUGGUGGCUUGGCAUCGGAAAAUGUUCGCUGGGCUGAAGCUGUUGCUGAAUUCAUGCAACAAGGCACAACACUUCCUGGUGAUAUUCUUCUUGUCACAGCUUUCAUCUCUUAUGUUGGAUGUUUCACAAAAUCUUUCCGUCAAGAUUUACUAAUGAAGAUGUGGUUGCCACAUCUGCGUGCACUUGAACCUCCAAUCCCUAUCAACGACACAGUCGAUCCAUUAAGACUUUUAACUGAUGAAACAACAAUCGCUCAUUGGUUCAACGAGGGAUUACCAAGUGACAGAAUGUCAACUGAAAAUGCCACAAUUUUGACAAACUCUGAUCGUUGGCCAUUGAUGAUUGAUCCACAAUUACAGGGUUUGAAAUGGAUUAAACAAAAGUAUGGUGAAAAGUUGCAGGUCAUAAGACUAGGACAAAAAGGUUAUUUAGAAAGUAUUGAAAAUUCCUUAAUCAAAGGCUAUACAGUGUUAAUUGAAAACAUUGAUGAGAAUAUUGAUCCAGUACUUGAUCCACUCCUUGGACGAAAUUUAAUCAAGAAAGGAAAAGCAAUAAAAAUUGGUGACAAAGAAGUUGAAUACAAUCCAAAUUUCCGAUUAAUAUUACAAACGAAACUUGCUAAUCCACAUUACAAACCAGAAAUGCAAGCACAAACAACUUUAAUAAACUUUACGGUGACACGUGAUGGAUUAGAAGAUCAAUUACUUGCUGAAGUCGUGAAAGCUGAACGGCCAGAUCUGGAAGAAUUGAAAGCUGAUUUAACGAAACAGCAGAAUGAUUUUAAGAUUAUGUUAAAUAGAUUAGAAGAUGAUUUGUUGAGUCGAUUAUCGUCAGCUGGGGAGAAUAUUCUUGGAGAUACGGCAUUGGUUGAGAAUUUAGAAACAACGAAGAAAACAGCUGCUGAAAUUGAACUGAAAGUGGCCGAAGCGAAAGUCACUUCUGUGGAAAUCGAUGUAGCACGUGAAAUUUAUCGACCAGCUGCUGCACGCGCCAGUUUGCUUUACUUUAUUCUCAAUGAAUUGAAUGCAAUUAAUCCGAUUUAUCAAUUCUCAUUGAAAGCCUUCAGUGUGGUCUUUCAAAAUGCGAUUUUGCGUGCAGAGUUUGUUGGCGAUGAAAGUGUUGCAGAGCGUGUCAACAAGCUGAUUGAUUGUAUCACAUUUUCAGUAUUUCAAUACACAACACGAGGCCUGUUUGAGUGCGAUAAGCUUAUAUUUUCAUCGCAAAUGACUUUUCAGAUUCUAUUAAUAUCUGAAGAAAUCACUCCCAUGGAAUUGGAUUUUCUGCUCCGAUUUCCAGUAAAACCUCACGUUACAUCACCCGUCGAUUUUAUUUCGAAUUAUGCUUGGGGUGGCAUUUGUAGUUUGUCAGGAAAAGAAGAAUUUCGUAACUUAGAUCGGGAUAUAGAGAAUCAAGCAAACCGAUGGAAGAAGAUUAUUGAAUCGGAAUGUCCUGAGCGUGAGAAAUUUCCACAAGAAUGGAAAAAUAAAACACCAUUGCAGAGACUUUGCAUGAUGAGAGCUUUGAGGCCCGACAGAAUGUGUUACGCUUUGACAGAUUUCAUCGAAGAGAAACUGGGAUCAAAAUAUGUAAAGAAUCGAACAAUGGAGUUUGCAAAGUCCUUCGAAGAAGCGUCGCCAAGUACGCCGAUAUUCUUUAUCCUAUCCCCCGGUGUUAAUCCAUUGAAAGAUGUUGAACAGCUUGGAAAGCAGCUUGGAUUUACUGAAGAUAACGGAAACUUUCAUAAUGUUUCUCUCGGUCAAGGUCAGGAGGUUGUCGCUGAAGUUGCGAUGGAUGAAGGAGCGACAAAAGGUCAUUGGGUCGUCUUGCAGAACAUUCAUUUGGUGCGUAAAUGGUUGCCGGCAUUGGAGAAGAAACUUGAAUAUUAUUCAGAAGGUUCACAUGACAACUACCGGGUGUUUAUUAGUGCUGAACCGGCAGCAACAGCAGCCGCUCAUAUUAUUCCUCAGGGAAUUCUUGAAUCAAGCAUUAAAAUCACAAACGAACCACCAACUGGAAUAAAAGCGAACAUUCACAAAGCUUUUGACAAUUUUACACAAGAAACUCUCGAAAUGUGUGGCAAGGAAGCGGAGUUCAAAGUGAUUUUGUUCUCUUUGUGUUAUUUUCAUGCCGUUGUCGCAGAACGUCGCAAAUUUGGUCCCCAAGGAUGGAAUAAAAUUUAUCCCUUCAAUGUCGGCGAUUUAAAUAUCAGCGUCUCUGUUCUAUAUAACUAUCUGGAAGCAAAUGCAAAAGUGCCAUGGGAAGACUUGCGAUAUCUUUUCGGUGAGAUUAUGUACGGCGGUCACAUCACAGAUGAUUGGGACCGGAGAUUGUGCAUAACUUAUUUGGAAGAAUACAUGCAACCAGAUUUAGUUGAUGGCGAACUUUAUCUUGCUCCGAGCUUUCCCGCUCCACCCAACACUGAUUAUCAAGGCUAUCACAAUUACAUUGAUGAAACGAUGCCACCCGAAAGUCCAUAUUUGUAUGGACUUCAUCCCAAUGCUGAAAUUGGUUUCCUAACGACCACCAGUGAAAAUUUGUUUCGAACAGUUUUUGAAAUGCAACCUCGUGAUGCUGGAGCAUCUGGCGGCGCCACAGUUACUCGAGAAGAUAAAGUUAAACAAAUGCUCGAUGAGAUUCUUGAGAAACUUCCCGAAGAGUACAACAUGACUGAGAUUAUGGGGAAGGUCGAAGAACGGACACCUUACGUCAUUGUUGCCUUUCAGGAAUGUGAAAGAAUGAAUUACUUAACAUCGGAAAUCAAACGAAGCCUCAGAGAAUUGGAUUUAGGAUUAAAGGGUGAAUUGACGAUAACAAGUGACAUGGAACAGCUGGAGAAUUCAUUAUUUCUCGAUCAAGUUCCGGCCAUUUGGACAGCAAGAGCUUAUCCAUCUCUGCUUGGAUUAUCGUCAUGGUUCACUGACUUGGUGAUGCGACUUCGUGAACUUGAAGCGUGGUCGAGUGACUUUGUGUUACCAAUUUGUGUAUGGUUAGCUGGUUUCUUCAACCCACAAUCUUUGCUUACAGCAAUUAUGCAGUCGACUGCGCGGCGUUUUGAAUUACCUUUGGAUAAAAUGUGUCUUUUUUGUGAUGUCACUAAGAAGCAGAAGGAAGAUUUCACAACUGCGCCACGCGACGGAGCUUAUGUUUAUGGAGUAUUUAUGGAAGGCGCAAGAUGGGACACAGCACAAGGCAUCAUUACAGAUUCAAAAUUGAAGGAACUUUAUCCUCCAUUGCCAGUCAUUAACAUUCGAGCUAUUACACAAGAUAAACAAGACAACAGAAAUAUGUACGAAUGCCCUGUUUACAAAACAAGAAGUCGAGGUCCAACAUACAUUUGGACUUUCAAUUUAAAGACCAAAGAUAAGCCUGCAAAAUGGGUUCUGGCUGGUGUUGCUUUAUUGCUACAAACUUAA